GGGAGAAAAAGAGAGAUGAGUCCUCCAAAUCCAACAAGCCUGGGGAGCUCGAAUCCUGCAUUUUCUCUCAAAAUGAUGGUGUGGGCACUUGUGCUUCUCUCCCUCAUCCAGUGUUCUAGCCAAAAGGGGGAUGAUGACUAUGAAGAUUAUACAUCCAACAAAACAUGGGUUUUGACUCCCAAAGUCCACGAGAGUGAUGUCACCCUGAUUUUAAAUGGCUUGCUGGAAGGAUAUGACAACAAACUGAGACCUGACAUAGGAGUGAAACCAACAGUAAUUCACACUGACAUGUAUGUAAAUAGCAUCGGUCCAGUGAAUGCUAUCAAUAUGGAAUACACAAUCGAUAUAUUUUUCGCCCAAACCUGGUAUGACAGACGUCUGAAAUUCAACAGCACGAUAAAAGUGCUCCGAUUGAACAGUAACAUGGUUGGGAAGAUCUGGAUACCAGAUACAUUUUUCCGAAACUCCAAGAAGGCUGAUGCUCAUUGGAUAACAACGCCCAAUAGGAUGCUCAGGAUCUGGAAUGAUGGCAGAGUGCUAUAUACACUAAGGUUGACAAUAGAUGCUGAGUGUCAGUUGCAGUUGCACAACUUCCCAAUGGAUGAACAUUCCUGUCCGCUGGAGUUUUCCAGCUAUGGCUACCCCAGGGAAGAAAUUAUUUACCAGUGGAAACGCAGUUCGGUGGAAGUGGGAGACACCAGAUCUUGGAGGCUCUACCAGUUUACUUUUAUUGGACUGAGAAAUUCUACUGAGGUGGUGAAGACAACUUCAGGGGACUACGUAGUCAUGUCAGUUUACUUUGACCUGAGCAGAAGAAUGGGUUAUUUCACUAUUCAGACCUACAUCCCCUGCACACUCAUUGUAGUGCUGUCCUGGGUCUCUUUCUGGAUUAACAAGGAUGCAGUUCCAGCCAGAACCUCUCUGGGUAUUACAACUGUCCUGACAAUGACCACCCUCAGUACAAUUGCUCGUAAAUCUCUUCCCAAGGUCUCUUAUGUGACAGCAAUGGAUCUUUUCGUGUCAGUUUGUUUUAUUUUUGUUUUUUCUGCACUGGUGGAGUAUGGGACCCUACACUACUUUGUCAGCAACAGAAAGCCAAGCAAGGAUAAAGACAAAAAGAAGAAAAACCCACUUCUUCGGAUGUUUUCCUUCAAGGCACCUACAAUUGAUAUCCGACCAAGAUCAGCUACUAUUCAAAUGAACAAUGCUACACACCUCCAAGAAAGGGAUGAAGAGUAUGGGUAUGAGUGUCUCGAUGGCAAGGACUGUGCCAGCUUUUUCUGCUGCUUUGAGGAUUGCCGAACAGGGGCGUGGCGGCAUGGAAGAAUACACAUCCGCGUUGCCAAAAUGGACUCCUAUGCCCGCAUCUUCUUUCCAACUGCCUUCUGUUUGUUUAACCUGGUGUACUGGGUAUCCUACCUUUACCUUUAAAAUCAGAAAGGAAAUAGGUGAUAUGAGCCUUACUCACUGAAUUUCUUAGAGAGAUGGUUUCCUUUUGAAGUCCACUUAAAGUAUUUAUGACACGCUUUAUAGUGGUCUGAAUUCUCUAGUGCCAUAACCCAGUAAAU